CAACGGAUUUAAGCAUAUCUUCCAACAAUUUGUCAAACUCGCACAGGGGUUCAGGACUUUCAGAUUCUUUCCCCGGUGUGAAAGCUAAACCUCACCUGUAAGAGCCACGGAAUCAAUCACAGUGGUAUUCCAUAAGCCGAUUUGCGGACUACGAACGGGUGGCGUCUGAGUCUGUGUGUAUGCAUAUUUCGAAAUUGUACUCUGACAUGCCUUUAUUGGCAGUUCAUUUCACGCCUAACUGCAAUUGCCGGAUCUGCAGUUCGUUCCGUAAGAUUAAUGUUGCAAAUUAAUCGAUCUGCUGGAAGGGUGAUCGUACACUUCCUUUACUGCAUCAUCGCUAUCAGCAUACACUGUUCAUUUUCGGUUCAUACUCACCCCCAACAUCCCCGCCAUAACCACCCAGAUGGCAUCCCACUCAGCCUUCCACCCCUCCACCAGCAUCCCUCAUCCUAUUCCUAUUACCGCCUCUAAAUCCAAUCUUCGCCUUCUUCCCUGUGAUCCACUGACGGAUGGUUCAGCUAUCCUCGCUCAACAAAUUGCCGCUUUCAGUAAUCCUCAUGAACCAUUCUUUUUUGUCCUAUUUCCUGAAACGGAAGAACGGGAAAAGGCAGUCAAAAGAUUAGUUGAUAAUUGGGUCGGAGAUGAGAGAGCGAAGUAUGUGAAGGUUGUCGAUGGGGAUGUUAAUCAAGGGACCCUCAUAAGUGCAGCCAAAUGGCUCAUAAAUACAGAACCAUUGAGCGAGGAGCAGAAGAAAGAACGGAUUCCUGUCGACUGGCACGCUGAUCAAGACUCAAACGAAUGGGCUGAGUAUCUAAUAAAUUGGAUUCAUCAACAUCAAAUUAGUCGAACGAAAGGCGAACCUUGCGUCAUCCUCGACAUCUUAACCACGCACCCCUCUUAUCAGCGUCUCGGCGCCGGUACGCUUCUAAUGCAAUAUGGUACCACCAUAGCCGAUUCCCUCGGUCUACCAGCGUAUAUCGAGGGGACGGUCAUUGCAAAACAUCUAUAUGAAAGUCAUGGGUUUAAAGCGGUGCCAGAUAGGUAUAUUGAGGUUGAUGUGCCGGAGAAGUGGAAGGAGAGGCAGGAAAGGCCUAAGAUUGAGUUUUACUUUUAUGAGAGACCGAGGAAUGGGGGGAAGUCGUGAUCAGGAUAUUUGUGGGUGAGGGCCAAUAAGCAGCGGUUAAUAAAAUGUGAAUCUAAGAAGUGAGUCUACAUUAGCAUACGGAUGAUAUGUGAAUGGGCGAAUCACGGGUUUGAUGAUUCUUGAAAAAUUUCAUCAAUAUUCAUUGGAUUUCAAUCAUUUUGCUCAACGUCUGAAUAGUGGGACCUUUCAGCUGCAAAUAUGAUAUUGCUAGUUAUCCACUGUACUCACAUAUACCUCAAAUAACAGAUGUUAUUCAC